AUGAAUCCGUGUCGAAACAAAGGAACUUUGGGUGGAAAGGCCAAAAAGCACAAAUACAAGCAAAAGCAAAAGGAAUUGCAAAUUGAAAUCAAACAAGAAAUAAAACAAGAGCCAAUGGACGGUGCUUAUUUGAUUCAGGAAACGCCAUCAUCACCUCAAAUUGCGACGAAUGUAACCAUGAAAUCGGAAAGCGAGAGCGAUAGUGAGCUAGACUUGGAAAGUAAGCCGAGUUAUUUGAAGAAAGAGAUCAAAAGCGAGGAUGAGUGUUUGAAAAAAGCUUGUGACCCCCCAAAGUAUGGAAAUGGAAUGGCAAACGAUGAUCGGAUUGGGGAAAUUUCAAGCAGUUCAACGCCAAAUUCGAAUGGCGAUAAGAACAAAAAACGUGAAGCAAAACGGAAGAAGUCAAAAGGCGCAAAGAAUGACCGAAUGACCAAAAGUCCAAAGAAGUCGAUUUCGAAGCAUCAGAAGAAACAACACAAAUGUAAUUUCUGUAAUUAUGUUGCAUCGCAAAAAGGAAGUCUCACAGUGCACAUUCGUACGCACACCGGCGAAAAGCCGUUCGCAUGUGAAAUAUGUGCCAAGGUUUUUACACAAAAGCAAAAUUUGAUUCGUCAUAAGAGAACGCAUGCACCAAAACAUCCAUUUUGUUGUUCAAAGUGUCGUCAGGGUUUUGCACAUGAAAUCGAUAAAAUCAACCACGAAAGUGAAUGCAAACAUCCUCAAUAUGCAUGUCAUCUUUGCAAGAAAACCACUCAACAUUUACACAAUCUGAAGCAACAUAUGCGAAUCCACAAUGGUGAGAGACCAUUCAGAUGCCAUGUUUGUGCCGAAAAAUUUGCACACAAAUCUCAUAUCAUCGCUCAUUCACGCACCCACACCAAACAACUUCCAUUUGAUUGCGCACAAUGUGGUCGACGAUUCGCCGAUGAAAAUGAAAAACAAUCUCAUGAGGAUCAUUGCAAAGGCCGACGAUACGAUUGUUAUCUUUGCCCAUAUAAAUUUUUUCGCAAAAGCCAAUUGAAGCUGCACUUGCAAAUCCAUCACACUGGCGAGAAACGAUUCAAAUGUGGUGUUUGCGGAAAGAAAUGUCUUCACAAAGGUAAUCUCAAGCAACAUUUGGCUAUACAUUCCAAACAAAAAUCGGUCCAUUGCCCCGAAUGCCUUAAACCAUUUGCAAAAGAAGACGAUAUGAUUGUUCACAAAGAUCGCUGCAAGUGUCGCCUGUAUCAGUGUUAUUUAUGCAAAGUUUUAAAGCAUGAAUCAUCACAAUUACAAGGUCACAUGCGAAACUACCACAUCGGCGAAAAGCCAUUUUCAUGCAAACUAUGUGGUAGUCAAUUCCCAAUGCUUGGAGGAGCUAAUCGACACAUGAAAGUGGUUCACAGUUUGAAGAAAUGA